AUGUUUGUAGAGUUGAGGCGUAAUGCUAAGGAGUUCACUGAGUUUCGUACCUCUCUAGAUUUUUUCUCUGAGAAAAUUGACAAGAGCAAUGAGUUGAUGGAGGAGUUAAAGCUAGCCUGUAAUAAACAGAAAAAGGAAAUGGAAGAAAUAAAAGAAGAAAACAGAGUCCUUAAGAAAUCCGUUGCCACUUUGGAACAAAGAUUAAGAAAUAUGGAGCAGUAUUCUAGACAGACCAACAUUGAAAUUAACGGUGUCCCAGAAACAAACGGAGAGCAUAUGGAGGAGUUGCUAAAGGAUGUUGCGAGCUCAAUCGGUCUGGAACUGAAGAAGGAGAGGGUGAUCGCAGCUCACAGGGUGCCAACAUUCAGCCGAAACAGAACACCGCCGAUCAUCGUGAAGUUCACGACGAGGCAGGACCGGGAUGACUGGCUCCAAGCCUUCAAGGAGGUACGACCAAUAACGGCGGACAAGAUCAAUCGGCACUUCAACAAGGACAAGAUCUUCAUAAACGAGCACCUGUCACCUGAAAAUAAACAGCUUCUAGGCAGAGUCAAGGAGGCAGCACGGUCCAAGGGAUACAAGUAUGUGUGGAGCAGGCAGGGAAAGAUUUUUGUGAGGAGGGAAAAUGGAGAGACGUGCAUCAGGAUCGAUGUUUCGGACGACUUGGGGAAGCUGUAA